UGGCGGAGCAGGGGCAGACCGAGCCGAGCCAAGCCGAGGCAGGCUGUGUGUGAAUGGGGGAGACGCGCCGCGCCGCUCCGAGAUCCGCUCUUUCUGUUCUGGAUUACUGAUUCACUGUUGAACCUGCCCGGACUCCUCCUGCUGCUCCACCUGAGCGCAGCUCCCUCAGGUUUCAUGUGAGGAGAAGAAGAAGAAGAAGAAAGGAGAGCAGCAGCGCGCGUGGGACUGUGGAUUUAAAUAAGUGAUUGGACUUUUCUGCGCGUUUCCGUCCAGCCAUGUCCCUCUGAAGCUGACUCUUCAUCAGACCUGCAGCCAGCUCUUCUCUCCUCCUCCCCUCCUCUCCUCCUCCAUCCCUCCAUCCUCUCCUCCUCCUCCUCCUCUCUUUAUCCGCCAUGCUCCCUUCCCUUUCCUCUCCUUUUCUCCUCUUUGUCCUCCUCUCCCUCCUCCUCCUGUCCUCCCCCCUCCUCUCUGCCCCAGCUGUUCCUCCCCCUCCUUCUAUGCCGUCGGGCUGGGCGGUGUACCGAGCGCUGGACACCUCCCUGACCCACCUGACCGUCCACCGGAGGACAGGUGAGGUGUUUGUCGGUGCCGUCAACCGAGUGCUGAAGCUGUCGGCCAAUCUGACGGAGCUGAGGAGUCACAUGACCGGACCUGUGGAGGACAACGCCAAGUGUUACCCUCCGCCCAGCGUCAGGGCCUGCGCUCACAGACUGGAGUCGUCCGACAAUGUGAACAAAUUCUUACUGGUGGAUUACACUGGGAACAGACUGGUGGCCUGCGGCUCGAUCUGGCAGGGCGUCUGUCAGUUUCUCAGACUGGAGGAUCUGUUCAAACUGGGAGAGCCGCAUCACCGCAAAGAGCACUACCUGUCUGGAGCCAGAGAGGCUGACGGGAUGGCAGGUGUGGUUGUCGGUGAGGACGACUGGAUGGCCGACCCAAAGAGGAAGAAGCCGUUGAAGGGCGACAGCCGCCUGUUCAUCGGAGCCGCCAUUGAUGGAAAGUCCGAGUAUUUCCCCACUCUGUCCAGCAGGAAGCUGGUGGAGGACGAGGAGAGCGCUCACAUGUUCUCGCUGGUCUACCAGGACGAGUUUGUCUCCUCACAGAUCAAGAUCCCGUCGGACACGCUGUCCCUGUACCCGGCCUUCGACAUCUACUACGUCUACGGCUUCUCCAGCCGCACAUACGUCUACUUCCUGACUCUGCAGCUGGACACGCAGCUGACUCAGAUGGACGCCGGCGGGGAGAAGUUCUUCACCUCUAAGAUCGUCAGGAUGUGCUCCAACGACACUGAGUUCUACUCCUAUGUGGAGUUUCCUCUGGGCUGCACCAAAGACGGCGUGGAGUACCGACUGGUCCAGGCCGCCUACAAACAGAAACCAGGGCGACGGCUGGCCCAGGCACUCGGCUUGUCCGAGGACGACGACGUCCUCUUUGUCGUCUUCUCGCAGGGUCAGAAGAAUCGCUCUAACCCUCCCAGAGAGACCGUCCUGUGUCUGUUCACCCUCCACGACAUCAACCUGGCCAUGAGAGAGAGGAUCCGCUCCUGUUACCGCGGCGAGGGGCGGCUCUCGUUGCCGUGGUUACUCAACAAGGAGCUGCCCUGCAUCCACACGCCGAAGCAGAUCGGAGACGAUUUCUGCGGCCUGGUGUUGAACCAGCCGCUGGGAGGCCUGAGGGUCAUCGAGGGGAACCCGCUGUACGAGGACCGGACCGAGGGCAUGGGCGCCGUGGCUGCCUACACCUACGGAGAACACACGGUGGUGUUCGUGGGAACCCGGAGCGGACAGCUGAAGAAGAUCCGUGUGGAUGGGAUCCCACCGCCGGCCCAGAAUGCUUUGCUGUAUGAGACGGUGACGGUGGUGGAGGGGAAGCCGAUCCUCAGAGACAUGGUGUUCAGUCCAGACCACCAGUACAUCUAUCUGCUGAGCGACAGACAGGUGAGCAGACUCCCGGUGGAGAGCUGUGAGCAGUACAGCAGCUGCUCCGACUGCCUGGGAUCAGGAGACCCUCACUGUGGAUGGUGUGUCCUCUUCAACAAGUGUUCCAGACAGGAAGCAUGUGACAAGUGGGAGGAGCCUCAGCACUUCAACACCCGACUGGACCAAUGUGUCAACAUCACUGUCACCCCGAGCAACAUGUCAGUCACAUCCCCAGCAACGCAGUUGACCAUUCGAGUGCAGAACGUCCCGGCGCUGUCAGGAGGCGUGUCCUGUGUGUUCGAGGACCUGAGUGAAACCCCCGGAGAGGUGCUGUCCAAAGGCCAGGUGAUGUGUAUGUCACCGUCACUGAGGGAGCUGCCCACACACACGCAGGCCUACGCAGAGAAGCGUGAGGUCCAGCUCAGCCUUCGGUCCACUGAGACCGGACAUCAGUUCAUCACCACCAGCUUCGUCUACUACAACUGCUCUGUGCUCAACUCGUGCACUUCCUGUGUCAGCAGCGUGUUUCCCUGUCACUGGUGUAAAUAUCGUCACGUGUGCACAAACAACCUGCAGGACUGCUCCUUCCAGGAGGGACGAGUCAGCAGCAUGGAGGGCUGUCCUCAGAUCCUCCCCACCUCUGACAUCCUGGUCCCAGCUGGGAUGGUUCGUCCAAUCACGCUGCGAGCUCGUAACCUCCCCCAGCCUCAGUCGGGCCAGAAGAACUACGAGUGUGUGUUCAGCAUCCAGGGAAAAGUUCAACGCAUCCCCGCCGUGCGCUUCAACUCCUCCUGCAUCCAGUGCCAGAACACCUCGUACUGGUACGACGGGGACGAGACCGGUGCCCUGCCGGUGGACUUCUCCAUAGUCUGGGACGGGGAUUUCUUCAUUGACAAGCCUGCAGCCAUGAAAGCUCUGCUCUAUAAGUGUGAGGCUCAGCGCUCCAGCUGCGGUCAGUGCCUCAAAGCCCCGCCGGCCUUCGAAUGUGGCUGGUGCACCGAAACCAGGAAGUGCCUCCUGCGGCAGCACUGCCCCUCGCCUGAGCAGAACUGGAUGCACCACGGCCGGCACAACCUGCGCUGCAGCCACCCGCGCAUCACCAAGAUUGACCCUCUGACGGGUCCUCGUGAGGGGGGGACACGGGUGACGAUAGAGGGGGAGAACCUGGGUCUGCAGGUGAAGGAGAUCGCCCACGUUCAGGUGGCGGGGGUCCGCUGCAAUCCGGUCCCGUCGCAGUACAUCAGCGCCGAGAGGAUCGUGUGCGACAUGGCCGAGGCCCUCCUCCCUCACUCUCCAGGCGGCCCCGUCGAGCUCUGCAUCGGCGUCUGCAGCGCCGAGUACCGAACGCUGUCCACCCAGACGUACUCCUUCGUGAGCCCCAGUUUCGCUCGAGUUCGUCCAGAGAAGGGGCCUGUUUCUGGGGGAACCAGGCUCACAGUGACGGGUCGACACCUGGACGCCGGCAGCUCGGUCACCGUUUACAUCGACAAGGAGGAGUGUCUGUUUGUCAAACGGACCAAUCGGGAAAUAAUCUGCAUAACUCCCGCCUCUCUGUCGGGCUCUGGCCCCGCCCCCAUCCGCCUGAUGAUUGACAAAGCCGAAGUGACGAGCUCAGAGAUCAAAUACAUCUACACCGAGGACCCGACCAUCACCAGCAUCGAGCCGAACUGGACCAUCCUCAAUGGCAGUACGGUGAUCACAGUGACAGGAACCAACCUGCUGACCAUCCAGGAGCCCAAAGUCCGAGCCAAGUACGGAGGAGUGGAAACCAGUAAUUUCUGUACUGUGGUCAACGACAGCACGAUGACGUGUUUGGCUCCUGGUUUGGUCUACAGUAAACCAAACCCACCAGAGGGGGCGCUGCACCCAGACGAGUUCGGCUUCAUCUUUGAUCAGGUCUCUUCUCUGCUGAUCCUGAACUCCACCGCCUUCACGCACUACCCCAACCCGACCUUUGACCCCCUGGGGAGUUCUGGGAUCCUGGAGGUGAAACCAGGGUCACCCAUCAUCCUCAAGGGUAAAAACCUGAUCCCUCCUGCUCCCGGUAACAACCGUCUGAACUACACGGUUCUGAUUGGAGAGUCUCCCUGCCUGUUGACUGUGUCAGAGAACCAGCUGCUCUGUGAUUCGCCAGAUCUCACGGGGGAACAGCGAGUCCUGAUCCUCGUCGGUGGUCUGGAGUACUCCCCGGGUACGCUCCACAUCUACUCCGACAGCGCCCUCACGCUGCCUGCCAUCAUCGGCAUUGGAGCAGGCGGAGGCGUGCUGCUCAUAGCGAUCAUCGCCGUGCUGAUCGCCUACAAGAGGAAGACCCGCGACGCCGACCGCACGCUCAAACGCCUCCAGCUGCAGAUGGACAACCUGGAGAGCCGGGUGGCGCUAGAGUGCAAGGAGGCCUUUGCAGAGCUGCAGACAGACAUCCAGGAACUGACCAACGACAUGGACGGAGUGAAGAUUCCCUUCCUGGAGUAUCGGACCUACACCAUGAGGGUCAUGUUCCCCGGAAUAGAAGAACACCCGGUCCUCAAAGAGCUCGACUCUCCGGCUAACGUGGAGAAAGCUCUGCGUCUGUUCAGUCAGCUGCUCAACAACAAGAUGUUCCUGCUGACCUUCAUCCACACUCUGGAGGCUCAGAGGUCUUUCUCCAUGAGGGACCGGGGCAACGUGGCCUCGCUGCUGAUGGCGGCUCUGCAGGGUCGAAUGGAAUACGCUACAGUGGUGUUAAAACAGCUGCUGGCCGACCUGAUCGAGAAGAACCUGGAGAACAGGAACCAUCCCAAACUACUGCUGAGGAGGACCGAGUCUGUAGCUGAGAAGAUGCUGACAAACUGGUUCACCUUCCUGCUGCAUCGAUUCCUCAAGGAGUGUGCAGGUGAGCCUCUCUUCAUGCUGUACUGUGCCAUAAAGCAGCAGAUGGAGAAGGGACCGAUCGACGCCAUCACCGGAGAGGCUCGCUACUCUCUGAGCGAAGACAAACUCAUCCGACAGCAGAUCGACUACAAGCAGCUGACUCUGAUGUGUAUCCCUCCGGAGGGCGAGGCGGGGACGGAGGUGCCGGUGAAGGUGUUGAACUGCGACACGGUGACUCAGGUCAAAGACAAACUGCUGGACGCCGUUUACAAAGGGAUCCCGUUCUCUCAGAGGCCUCAGGCCGACGACAUGGACCUCGAGUGGCGCCAGGGCCGACUGACCAGGAUCAUCCUGCAGGACGAAGACGUGACCACCAAGAUCGAGAGCGACUGGAAGAGACUGAACACACUGGCUCACUACCAGGUAACAGACGGCUCCCUGGUGGCGCUCGUCCAGAAGCAGGUUUCUGCCUACAACAUCGCCAACUCCUUCACCUUCACCAGAUCGCUGAGCAGAUACGAGUCGUUGCUUCGCACAUCCAGCAGUCCUGACAGUCUGAGAUCCAGAGCUCCUAUGAUCACUCCAGACCAGGAGACAGGAACUAAACUGUGGCACCUGGUGAAGAAUCACGAGCACAGUGAUCAGAGAGAAGGAGACCGAGGCAGCAAGAUGGUUUCUGAGAUCUACCUGACCAGACUGCUGGCUACCAAGGGGACGCUGCAGAAGUUUGUAGAUGACCUGUUUGAGACUGUGUUUAGCACCGCCCACCGAGGCUCUGCUCUCCCAUUGGCUAUCAAAUACAUGUUUGACUUCCUGGAUGAGCAGGCUGACAAACGACAGAUCAGCGACCCAGAUGUCCGACACACCUGGAAGAGCAACUGCCUUCCUCUCAGGUUCUGGGUCAACGUCAUAAAGAAUCCUCAGUUUGUGUUUGACAUUCAUAAGAGCAGCAUCACCGACGCCUGUCUGUCGGUCGUCGCUCAGACGUUCAUGGACUCCUGCUCGACAUCGGAACAUCGGCUGGGCAAAGACUCGCCGUCCAACAAGCUGCUUUACGCUAAAGACAUCCCCAACUACAAGAGCUGGGUGGAGAGGUACUACAGGGAUAUUGCCAAAAUGCCCAGCAUCAGUGACCAGGACAUGGACGCCUAUCUGGUGGAACAGUCCCGUCUCCAUGGCAACGAGUUCAACACACUGAGCGCGCUCAGUGAGCUUUACUUCUACAUCAACAAGUACAAGGAAGAGAUCUUGACGGCACUGGAUCGGGAUGGGUACUGCCGUAAACACAAACUGAGGCACAAAUUGGAGCAAGCCAUCAACCUGAUGUCUGGAAGCAGCUGAGGAUGGACCGAUGGACCGAUGGACUGGAGGAUGGAUGGGGAAGAAGAACGGGGGAGGGGGAAGUGAAGGCAUUUUGAUUUUCUGAACUGUUUGAACAGUCAGCUGAACUUCUCAGUGUUGGACCGAACUGAAAGUCACUGCUCCGGCCCUUUAGCAAUCAAUCUAUCUGCAACUUAUGUGUCAGUGGAUGGAUUGAUUGAUCUGAAGAUUGGUUAAUUGGCUGGCUCUGAUCCCAACUACCUCCAUUUGGUGGGUUUUGGGGCUGAAGGUCAGAGAGUUCCAAACCGGAUGCAUUUACAACAUGGUUUCAUGGUGGAAGUCAUUUGGAGGGGAAAAGCGAACGUUUUAGAUGCAUCUGUCAGUUUGGAUUUGGAUUUAAAUUUGCUGCAGGUGUAAUCAGGGAUCAAAACAAGGGGGCAUGGCUGUGGAAACGAGGCUGAAGACUGUGUCAGGUUUCAUCACACAAAGGAUGGGGACUAAUGGACCUGACUGCAGGAUUCAAAGCCUGGUGUAGAACUUUCUAGAUGCUGGCUUGAAGAGCAAAAGGUCAAGUCAAGUUUCUGUCAAAUCCGCAAACUUGUUCAGAAACUAAGCUGGUAGUCAGAAGAUCAACAGGCCUGGUCUUGCCCUAAGAGAGUGGUUGUAGUGUGGAAGAAUCCAGGCUAAAUAUCAAAAGGUCAAGUCGAGCCUUACCAACCGCUGAACCUCUUUGCUGAUGUCUUUAUUUUGGCUCAUUUAUCUUUACCUUGAAUCCUUACCCUUGUGUGGAAGGUUCGUGAUUAACCACAAGGCAUUCGGGUCAACCUCUAAGGAAGAAGGCAUCAAAGUCAAUGUUUAACUUGUUUGUAAAGGAUUCAGGAGGUUGUUGCAAGCUUUAACAAAGAUGAAGGAAGCAAAUAAAUGGAUGUUCCAAAAACUAAUGACUUGAUUGGACCUUGAAAUCACUGCUUCAUUUUGAAAGACGUGGAAGCCAAGUGGAAAACAACAGGAAAGUGAGUGUUUGAGUUGACACCAUCUGACUUGACCUUGGACUGUUCAGCCAAGCCUCAUCAGGAUUUAGAAGUUUGCUCUUUAAAUAACCACUCAAUAUUUUUUCUCUGGACAAUCACUCUGUACCACAGCACACUGAGCCUGAUGCCUACUGACCGACCAGUACCUGUGUCCAUAAACCCUUAUCCUCCCACCAUCUUCUUUUCUUUGUUCCUUUCACCCUCAUUUCCUCAGUGUUUGACCUCCUUUGCUUUAUCCGUUUCCUCAUUUCGUCUCUUUUCUGACCUUACCCAUUUCCUCUUCCACCCAACUUUUGAUUCCUCCUGCACCUCGACCCUGCUCCAUCAUCGGUCAGUCAUGCUGGCCUCUGGCCAUCAUCUUAACUCCUGGCCAUCCUAUUGACUCUUAAGUAAUGUACUGCCCGACCAAUGAAGACUGUGGAAUUCGCCAGAAUAACAGAACAGAAAUUAAUCCAGAAUUGUGUUUUGAAUACAUUCCAGCACAGGCAAGGUCUGUAAAUAAGCAGGUUGAUUUGCUAAUUUUUCAGAAGGGAAGAAAUUCUGAAAGUGCUUUGGCUGACCUUUUUCAGGACCAGAGCGACUUGGAAAAUGGGGUUCUGGAUUCAGUACCAGUUGGUAAACUUUGAUCGCUUUAUCGUCGGACCUUGCACAUACACCCACAUACAGCCAUGCUUUACAGCGCCAUGCUAACCGUGCCCAGGGGGAAAUACUGUGCAAAGCUACAAGCCCAGUGCCAUGUAAAGACCGGACCGUGUCAUGUCAGAACUGGACCGGACUUGGACCAAACCCGGAUCAAAAACAACCUGGAGUGGAGUUUUAACCGGACAAGAACUUUUAAGACUUGUGGCCAUAAUUGUAAAGAACAAAAAAAGAAAGAUGAAAAUAAUAAUGGUGAUAAAAUAUAAAAAUUAAAAAGAAUACAAAAAGAAAGGAAAAAAGAAAUAUUGAAAUGUUAACAUGUAAUAAGAACUUUGUGGAUUUGACAGUAUGGAUUUUAAGGAGCUGAACUUGUAUAAAGCUGAACAUUAUGCCACAUCAGAGUCUGAAGAAAGAGAGAGCCAAGAGAGGGCAAUGGAUCAGACUGAAACCAAACCAGCCCAGUCCUCACAACGUCAGACGACACCAGGCUGAACCGGGCCAAACCGGAUUAGACGGUAGUCUGUUCUGCUUGGUACCUGAAGGAGCUGAACUGAACUCAAUCUCAGCUCUGUAUGUCAAAGAUUUAAAGACAAGAAUUUCUGGUGCUUCUUUGCCAAACAGAACAUGAGCGUAGCUCUUCGGAUGGAGGCCUGGCCUGGACGUUCAGGUGGUGUUUGGAGGGGUUCAGUCGUUGCAUGUGCAUCUUCAGAUGGAGUCUUUGUUUCCAUGAGCUCUUGUAUAGAAAAGAAUGAGGAUGCUUUCACACUGCCGGCUCAGUCUCAAUUCUAUCAACUGUUUGCCUUAAAAUUCAAACUCACCGCUCUUUCUUCUGACCUCUGGUGAGGAUGGAGCCGCUCUACCUUUACUUUAGAAAGGAGUGAUGCUGGCAAACAAAUGCACACUAAAAGCAACUGUAUCCGAGAAAACUGAACCCAGUGUGAAAAGCUCUUAUUCUUUGUUAGAAUGAUGGCUAAAUGUUGGAUGGAGAACUUUGGCAAAGCCCCCACACACCGCAAUGUUUUCUGUGGUAGAACAUUUUGUUAAGUUGUUUCAGGUCCAACAUAUGUAGAAAUUUAAGUUCAGUGCUGAUAUUUGACCUUUUGAAAAUACUAAAACUUCUAACUCUUCUAUGAGCAGGUGAAAAUGACUUCACUUCACCGUCUCCAUCUCUAAAACUGAACACGCCACCGGGUCCGUGAGACUCCGGAGGAAGGCCGGUGGAUCAGGUGAAAAUGUUCUACCACAGCUGAAGCGUCUCUCUGUUGGCUCUCUGCGAUGCCAUGAAGCUACAAAGCACCUUUUUUUUCUUGCUGUUGUUUCACUGUCGUUUGAAUCUUCGGGGCCAAAAGGACCCAAGUGAGGAGGAGGAGGAGGAGGAGGAGGAAGGGUCCUGAUAAAAGACUGCCUUUUAGAUGAUUAAUUAUAGAAUAGGGAGGGAAGCCACUACCAUACCUAUACCACUGUUCAUGCAACCUGUGUGUGUGUGUGUGUGUGUGUGUGUGUGUGUGUGUGUGUGUGUGCGUGCGUGUGUGUGUGCGCGUGUGUGUUUUAUGCUGCUGCUGCAGCUGCUGCAGUCGAAACUCAACCGUUAAAUCGCCGAUCGUAUCUGCAGCUCAAUUAAAAGUCUUUUCUUUAAACUGACACCAUGUAAAUCGGCUGAUUGGUAUCUUCAACACUUUUGAAAUCGCUGAUCAGAUAUUUUCUCAGUAAAAAUCUCAACUUGUCCUUUAAACUGAAAGUGAUAAAUGGAACAAAAUUGAGCUCAUCCUCUUUGUGUCCUUGUCACAAUUAUGAGCAGAAUUUUGUGGGUGAAACAAGCUGGGGGUUCAGGAGACGAGUUUCUGUCCUCACGUUGAAGGGUGGGGGAGGAGGAGGAGGAGGAGGAGGAGGAGGAAAUGCCCGCUGCAUGCUGAAUGUGGAGAAGGAGGGUCAGUUUGCAAAAACGUGAAGAAGAGGAGGAAAAUGUGACGUUCUAAAGAUAAAUAAAUGUUAGAGUAGCACACACGAGGAUGAGGAUGAAAGAGGAGGUCAGAUUCUCUUUUUGCAUGCUGAAGUGAGAGGAAGGAGGAGGAGGAGGAGGAGGAGGAGGA